AUGGAGAAGCCAACGUCUGUCACUCAUCACGAGGAAACCAUCACGCCAGAUGGGUUGAAACGCAGCAUCACCGAGACCAAGGGUGCCAUUGCCGACAACAUCACAGAGCACCAACUCACCCUUGGAGAUGUUUGGAGGGACCAUCGAGCUCUGAUCGGAUGGUCAUUCUACUGGUCAAUGUGUGCUAUCGGAUGGGGAUUCGAUGCACAGAUUAACGGAGCUAUGAUCUCUGUCGCCUCCUUCCGUCGAGAUUUCGGAUACAUCUUCGAUGGCGAACCAGUCUUACCGGCAAGCUGGCAAACCGCGUUCAACAUGGUCAGCUCGGUCGGUAUGCUGUUUGGAGGAUUCGGGUGUAGCACAAUCGCAGACAAGUUUGGUCGACGAGCUUCAUUGCUAUGCGGCGUCUUGUUUUGCAUUGGUGGUGCUUUCGGGGAGAUGUUCUCUCUUACAAGGGUCGCUUUCCUUCUCUCGAAGCUCAUUCUUGGAGUCGGCCUUGGUUUCUACCUCACAAUUGGCCCUCUUGUUUGUAGCGAGAUCUCGCCUGUAGUGCUUCGCGGUAUCUCUACUGCUGGCAUCAAUCUCGGCAUCGCUCUUGGCCAACUGCUUUCGAACGCGGUUGUUAAAGGCUUUGGGGAGAGAACCGACCGCUGGGCAUACGCCGCGCCCUUCGCCAUCCAACUGAUCUUCUCUGUGUUCCUUUUGUGCGGUCUGCCCUGGGCUCCGGAAUCACCGUGGUACUUGGUUCGGAAAGGAAAGGACAGCGAAGCUGUUAGUUCUUUGCAAAGGCUGUGGGGCCAGAAGAUCGAUGUAACCGACAAACUUGCGAGCCUCAAGUUGACCAUCCAGGAAGAGGAGAGGCAAAAGGAAUCGAGCUUUCUUGACUGCUUCCGAGGCAUAAACCUCUUGCGCAGUUCCAUCUCAAUGGGAGUCUUCGCAUGCCAACACCUAGUCGGUAUCGUCUUUGUACUCGGCUACUCCACAUACUUCUUCCAGCUUGCCGGCCUAGACACCAGUCGUUCCUUUGACCUCGGUGUUGGUGUUACAGCUUGCGGUGUAGCCGGAAACAUUGCCAGUUGGUUUGUGGUUGACUCUUUCGGUCGCCGCAAGGUUUUCAUCAGCGGUAUGGCAUGCCUCACAGGCUUGCUGAUCUUGAUUGGAAUCAUGGAUGUCGUACCAACCGGACCUUCGAAAUGGGUACAAGCCUCAUGUACCGUCAUAUACGCCUUUGUGUAUUUCAUGACUCUCGGUGCUAUGGCUUUCGUACUUCUAGGAGAAGUGUCUAGCAUGGGUCUCCGAGCGCACACCACUGCUCUCGCAACUGCAACACAGGCGGUCGUUGGUACUGUCAUGAACGUCGCCAUACCCUAUUUGGUCAACCCAGAUGAGGCCAAUCUGAAGGGCAAGGUUGGUUUCGUGUUCGGAGGUCUCGCUGCCAUCGCAACGCUUGGAUCGUGGGUCUUUGUUCCGGAGCUUAAGGGGCGCACGAAUCGCGAGAUCGAUACAAUGUUCAUUGCUCGCGUACCGCCGAGGAAGAUGGGUUCUUUUGAUUUGGAUGAGACGACUGCAUAG